AUGUCCGACAAACUCGACGCCCAGCACGUUGACGCCCAACCCGUCAACGCCCAACCCGCCAAACCGCAAGGCUUUCUCGGCAAAGUCCUCGCGCAUUUCAAGAGAUGGUGGUGGGUUCACUUGAUCAUCUUUGCGGCGUCGGUGUUGAUUGUCUCGUUGCCUCUGGUAUACAUAGGCUACCCACGCAUCGCGCAAGACGCCGUCAACAGGUCAACCCUCAACAUCACAAGAAUGGCCUUCAGCGAACCCACCCCAAAUACGAUUCGUGUCAACCAGACCCAGGUUCUCGGCAACAAAGCCAUCUACCACCCGAAAAUCUUCGAAUUUAAUGCCACCAUCACACUAGUCGGCUCAUCAGCUCCACUGGCAGUAGUCGUAGUCCCACAGUCACAAGCCGAGGAUGGAGCUGUUAUUCAUUUCGAUACUGUAUUGAAUCUUCAAGAUAUCAAUGCGGUGACAAAUUUCUCGAGGGCGGUGCUGAGCUCCGAGGAAUUCCAGUUGAAUGUUUUUGGAAGGCCGCAACUCCAAGAAGGGCCGUUGCCCAAGACCACCGUUACGUUUAAUAAGACCAUUACUAUGAAAGGAAUGGGCGGCCUCAAAGGCUUCGAAUUACAAAACAUGAUGAUCUCACUCACACCGGCCGCAGACGGCACAAACAUGAACGGAACAGUCUUCAUCCCUAACCCCAGCGUUGUCAGCGUUGAACUGGGCAACGUUACCCUCAAUGUCUACGUAAACGACACCCUAAUCGGCAAUACCUUCAUAAACAACGUGACUCUCAUGCCAGGCGACAACCACCUCCCCCUACGCUCAUCCAUCAACCAAACACAAGUCCUCAGCUUCGUCACAGGCACGGCACCCCCUUACCCAGGCGGCAUACUCCCAAUAAUUAUUAGGGGUAAUUCGAGUGUGUACGGCGGCGUCGAAAUUCCGUACUUUUCGAAGGCAUUACAAUCAAACCCACUCACUACUCAACUCAAUAUUACGGAUGUAUUGAUUCAGUCGGGACUGGGAGCGGUGGCUGGUGUUCUUUAA